AUGCGAGCAAAAAUGCCGGCCCCUUUGGACCUUAGCAAAUCCAAGCUGUCGAUAUCCGAUCCUCGGAUGAACCUACGAAGAUCAGCCUCACACACCAACUCCAACUGGGAAAAGGUUCCUCUGUCUGCGACUUCAGCCCGCUUCAGCUUCAACCACCUCCUCUUCUCAUCUCCGCCACCAUCCCCAAGUUUACCGGCCCUCAUCACGCCGCCCAGAAAAUCACCCAUCCACCCUCGACCCAGCCGUGUAUUCCGCCUAACCUUCUGGACCGCUUUUGCGGUUCUGCUGCUUUACUUUGCGACCUUUCCCUUUCGAACCGGCUUUGGCGUACCGACGCUCAACCUGUCGUACCUCUCGAACCACGAUGACUUUGAAAUGGUUGGGCAAGAUGACUUGCCUGACUUUCCCACACCUAUUGUCAUUACCGACCGAAAUGGGAAUUCCAAGUGGACAGUAUCGAUUCCCCCGAGCUACGACUUCCCUCUUUCUGUGAAGGAGUAUGGGGAGAUGUGUAAGAAGUGCAGGGAGGUCGCUGCACGCGUCAGGGACAUGCGCCAUCGUACCCAAAUUCCCGGCCAGAACCUCUUGAGCGCCGAGGCUCCGAACGACCCGUACUUUGUCGAUGUAGCGGAAGCUCAACAGUCCGGUCUUCUCCCAGAAGUUACUGACAAAUGGCCGAGCAAGGGUCAGGGCCGGGAUGGAGCCUUGGUCGGAGAGAAUAAGGACUCGCUAGUUGAGAAACCUUUGUGCCACAGUUCGAUGACUUUCAUACUGGAGACGGCAGAUGCUGGCAUCGGACACACAAUCAUGCAACUCUGGACCUUUUACGGGCUUGCUCAAAGGCAACGCAGGGCCUUCUUCAUUGAUGACUCCCGCUGGGCCUACGGCAAGUACACCGACCUCUUCCAAGCGCCUCCGGUUCCUAACUGCCGACCUCCUCCACGCCAUGAGAUGAUUCCCUGUCCGCCCAGCGCUCGCCAUCUCGUUGUCACCUCCGAGACCACCAAGGAGAUGUGGGCCAGCUCCCUUGCCAAGCCCCAUUCCGACUUCCGAGCGCAGGAUGAGGAUGGCCUGAAAGAGCUUUUUGAUCUCGCGCAUGAGGGCUACCGAGCUCUUUACUAUCUUAACAAGGAUGACAGCCAGUACGUCACCAAACGAGUCAAGGAGAUCAGGACCAAGGCGCUCUCGGGAGAUGGAAACUCCAAUGGUCUCGUAGUCGGGGUUCACGUUCGACACGGCGACUGUCACCCUCUUGAGUAUCAGUAUCGCGGCACAUACAUCCCAAUGGAAAUCAUUGCCAACCGCGCCCAGGAGGUCAUUACCACCAACUACAACGGCACUGGCAAGGACGGCAGCGAUGACGAGCACGCCAAGCGAAAAUCGUUCAUUGUCCUCGCCUCCGACGAUCCGACGGUCUAUGACUCUGAGGAUUUCAAGGGCUCAAUGCGUGCGCAGGAGCAGAUUCGCUUGGCCUCGAAGCAAGAGGUUCACAAAGCCGCGCCCGAUAGACAUGUGAUGCACCACUUCGAGGACGAGUCUUUCGGCUGGGAAGGUGGUUUUUUCGCCGCCAUGUUCUGGAACCUAGGCCUGUCGUCGAUGAGCGCUUCCAAUGCCGCGACGGCCAAGAACAAGCAGUUGGCCCCAUCGGCCGAGACUCUGCGUCUUCGUGGCUACAUUGGCCGCGCCUACAUGAUGGAUCUUGCUGUGCUGGCGGGCGCAAGCGAUGCUGUCAUCUGCACUGUCAGUUCCAUGGGCUGCCGCCUUCUGGCCGUCAUGAUGGGCUGGGAGAAGGCCAUGGAGGCACAAAAUUGGAUUAACGUUGACGGUCCCUACGGAUGGACCGGUAUCUCUCUCUGA